CAUGUGGGGCAGGGACAGGGGCUGUGGGGUGUGUGGGGCAGGUGGGGGGUGCAGGCGGCUGUGGGUCCGUGGGUCCGUGGGCAGCCCCGGGGGUGUCCCUAGGUCCAGCCCCCAUAGCAUCCAUAGGUCCAGCCCCCAUAGCAUCCAUAGGUCCAGCCCCCAUAGCGUCUAUAGGUUCAGCCCCCAUAGCGUCCCUAGGUCUAGCCCCCAUAGCAUCCAUAGGUCCAGCCCCCAUAGCAUCCAUAGGUCCAGCCCCGCGUCCCCGCAGCGGCGCCCCCGCCAUGGGGCUGCUGUCGGACCCGCACUGCCGGCGGGCGCUGUCCCGCCUGCUCCUGCGCCUCAACACCCCGCUCUGCGUCCUGAGCUACGCGGGGGGGCUGUGCUGGUUCCUGGCGCUGGCGCUGCCCCCGCUGGCGCCGCGCACGCACAUGUCGGAGAACGCCAUGGGCUCCACCAUGGUGGAGGAGCAGUUCCCGCUGGCGCAGCGCGCGCUCAACUACGCGCGGGACUUCGCGGCGCACAAGAGGAGAGCGGGGGGCAUGCCGGUGGGCUGGCUGCAGCAGACCAUGUGGCAGGUGGGGCUGGAGGUCCACACGCAGCCCUUCUCGCGCACGCUGCCCUUCCCCGACGAGGCGCGCGAGCGAUACAUGGUGUCGGGCACCAACGUGUACGGGAUCCUGCGUGCCCCCCGCGGGGCCAGCACCGAGGCGCUGGUGCUGAGCGCCCCGUGCAGCGAGGGGCCGCACAACCACCAGGCGCUGGGGCUGCUGCUGGCGCUGGCCGCGCACUUCAGGGGCCAGAUCUACUGGGCCAAGGACAUCAUCUUCCUGGUGAACGAGCACGACCUGCUGGGCAUGGAGGCCUGGCUGGAGGCGUACCACGGCGUCAACCUCACCGAGGUGCAGUCCUCGGGGACGCCGGGCCGCGCCGGCGCCAUCCAGGCGGCCAUCGCGCUGGAGCUGAGCAGUGACGUGGUGACCAGCUUGGACGUGGCCGUGGAGGGGCUGAACGGGCAGCUGCCCAACCUCGACCUGCUCAACCUCUUCCACGCCUUCUGCCAGAAGAACGGGCUGCUCUGCACCAUCCAGGGCAAGCUGCCGCGCUCGGACUGGGACUCGGUGCCCGGGUACCUGCACAGCCUGCAGACGCUGCUGCUCAUGGUGCUGGCGCAGGCCUCGGGGCAGCCGCGUGGCGACCACGGGCUGUUCCUGCGCUACCGCAUCGAGGCCGUCACCCUGCGCGGCAUCAACAGCUUCCGCCAGAACAAGUACGACAUGGCCACCGUGGGCAAGACGCUGGAGGGAAUGUUCCGGAAGCUCAACAACCUCCUGGAGCGCCUGCACCAGUCCUACUUCUUCUACCUGCUGCCCUCGCUGUCCCGCUUCGUCUCCAUCGGCAUCUACAUGCCGGCCUUCGGCCUCCUGCUCCUCGUCCUCAUCCUCAGGGCGCUGGACCUGUGGCUGAAGCUCAGCAGGAGCGAGCCGGCCGGCGCCGAGCGGCUCUGGGACGGGGACCGGGCGCCCGGGGAGGAGCCGCAGCCGGGGCUGCUGGCGCUGGUGCCGCCGGUGCUGAUCUGCCACGCCGCCGGCGUCGCCCUCUACUACCUGCCGGUGCUGGGGCAGCACGUGGCCACCCAGCACUUCCCCGUGUCCGAGGCCGAAGCCGUCGUGCUCACCCUCAUCGCCAUCUACGUGGCCGGCAUGGCCCUGCCCCACAGCACGCACCGGGUGCUGUCGGGGGACAGCGGUGACCGCGGCUGGAUGACGCUGAAGCUGGUGGCCCUGCUGGCGCUGGCGCUGCAGCUGACGUGCCUGGCGCUGCUCAACUUCUCGCUGGGGUUCCUGCUGGCUGUCACCAUGGUCCCCGCCGCCGCCGCCGUGCAGCCCCGCGGGCCCAGGGUGCUGCUGGCGGCGCUGCUGGUGCUGGCGACGCCGGCGGUGACGCUGCUGCUGGGCAUCUUCGUGCAGCGGGAGCUGGUGGAGGCGCCGGCGGCGCCGGGCGAGGGCUGGCAGCUGUUCCUGGCGGCGCUGGCGCAGGGGCUGCUGCUGCACCACCUGCACGGGGCCUUCCUGGCGCCGCUGCUGGCGCUGGCCACGUACCCCUGCUGGCUGCUGCUCUGGAACGUGCUCUUCUGGCGGUGAGCCGCGGACACACCGACACCCGGCACGCCACGGAGCCACCCGGGGAGCCGCCGAGGGACUCACCCGCCGACAGACACACCGACAGACCCACGGACAGGCGCAUGGAUGGAGCCACGGACAGACCCACGGACAGACCCAGGGAUGGAGCCACGGACAGAACUAUGGACAGAUCCAGAGAUGGAUCCAGGGAUAGAGCCACGGAGGGAUCCACCCAUGGACAGACCCACGGACAGACCCAGGGAUGGAGCCACGGACAGACCCACGGACAGACCCACGGACAGAACUAUGGACAGAUCCAGAGAUGGAUCCAGGGAUAGAGCCACGGAGGGACAGACCCACGGACAGGCCCACUGAUAGACCCACAGACAGACACAUAGACAGACCCACAGACGGACCCUCAGAUGGAUCCUCGGACAGAGUCAUGGAGGGACCCACCCACAGACGGAUCCACAGACAGACACAUAGACAGACCUACAGAGGGACCCACUGACAGACAUACAGACAGACCCACAUAUGGAUCCGGGGAUGGAGUCAUGGAGGGACCCACGGACAGACACAUAGACAGACCCACAGACGGACCCACUGACAGACGUACAGACAGACCCUCAGACGGAUCCAGGGAUGGAGCCACAGAGGGACCCACCCACAGAUGGACCCACUGACAGACAUACAGACAGACCCACAGAUGGACCCACGGACAGACCUACAGACAGACCCUCAGAUGGAUCUGGGGAUGGAGCCACAGAGGGACCCACGGACAGACACAGACAGGCCCACAGACGGACGCACUGACAGACGUACAGACACGCACAGAUGGAUCUAGGGAUGGAGUCAUGGAGGGACCCACCCACUGACAGACCUACAGACAGACCCACAGAUGGACCCACUGACAGACAUACAGACAGACCCUCAGAUGGACCCACUGACAGACCUACAGACAGACCCACAGAUGGACCCACUGACAGACCUACAGACAGACCCACAGAUGGACCCACUGACAGACAUACAGACAGACCCUCAGAUGGACCCACUGACAGACAUACAGACAGACCCUCAGAUGGAUCCAGGGAUGGAGCCACAGAGGGACCCACCCACAGACGGACCUAUGGACAGACCCACAGAUGGACCCACGGACAGACGUACAGACAGACCCUCAGAUGGAUCCAGGGAUGGAGUCAAGGAGGGACCCACCCACAGAUGGACCCACAGACAGACCCACAGACAGACCAACUGACAGACACAUGGAUGGACCCACUGACAGAGUUACAGACAGACCUACAGACAGACACAUGGACAGACACACAGAUGGACCUGCUGGCAGACCUGCAGACAGACACAUGGACGGAGCCACGGACAGACUGACACACAGACCCACAGGUGGACCCAUGGACAGACCCACAGGCGGAGCCACUGACAGACCUACAGACAGACCCAUGGACGGACCCACAGACAGACCCCAGACCCAUGGACAGACCCACAGAUGGAGCCACUGACAGACCUACAGACAGACACAUGGACAGACCCACAGAUGGAGCCACUGACAGACCUACAGACAGACACAUGGACGGACCCACAGACAGACCCCAGACCCAUGGACAGACCCACAGGCAGAGCCACUGACAGACCUACAGACAGACCCAUGGAUGGACCCACAGACAGACCCCAGACCCAUGGACAGACCCAUAGGCGGACCCGCUGACAGACCUACAGGCAGACACAUGGACGGACCCACAGACAGACCCCAGACCCAUGGACAGACCCACAGACGGACCCGCUGACAGCGUCCCCAUCCCCCAGGCCAGGGACAGCAGCCCCAGCUCAGCCCCCCAUGGAGGCAGCGGGUCCUGCCCUGGGGGGCAGUGGGGACCCCCGUGGGGGGGUGGGGAGCCCGGGCUGGUCAGGGGCCGUGUCCCAGCCCCUGUGUGGCUGUGGGGACACCAAGUGCCACCAACCGCCCGGGAGGUUCCAUUAAACCCCAGAUUCCCUGCA